AUGAAGAGGCAGCUGGAGCUUGUCGCCUUAGGGCUGGCCUUCACGGGGUGGCUGGCUGCGGUUCUGACCCGCUGCGUGGCCCUGUGGAAGGUCAGCGGGACCGUGGACAACGUCACGGCCACCCUGCCUGCCUACUGGGACGGGGUGUGGCUGGAAUGGGACCACUGGGACCUGGCCCACGACGGCAGCCUGCACUGCUCUUUCUACCGGUCCCUCAUGUCUCUGUCCGGGAGUUUCCGCACAUGGAGGGCCAUAAUCGAGGCGGCCAUCGGCGCUGGGGGCUUCGCAGCUGUGAUUGGAGGGGCGGGGCUUAUCUGGUUCCCAGGUCGAGGGCAGAUCAAAGUGUUUUCUGGGGCUUUCUUCAUCGUGGCAGGGAUCCUGAUGCUGGUUCCCACAGCCUGGACCUGCCAUCACACCAGUCAGCCACUUGAGGGCGCGGUCCCCCUCAGCAGGACCUGGGGCCCGGCUAUGUACCUGGGCUGGAUCUCCUUCUCCCUGAUGCUGGUCGGCGGGGUGUUUCUCAUCACCAGGUGGUCCUCUGCUGGGGGACAGGUGGAGGAGCCUGGAACCGGCAGGACCCCCGACCAGGAGGCCAGUCACCCUCUGAGCACAAUCAACAGAACCACGUUCACCCACAGCCAGUACGGACGCAGGUCAGAACCCAUCUGAGGGACCAGAGGUCCAGAGACCUGCACGAGCAGUGAGGACAGGGGACCACUUCUGUCCUCGGAGACAGAACUGUAGCUACAGGGGGCUUACUAACGGGGACACACAUGGGACUGGACCUGGUUCUGUUGGGUUUUAUAACAUUUUAACAAAUUGUUUGUUGUUUACAUGACGGGCCUGGUGGU